AUCACUAUGUUUAGUUCAAAAAUUUAUCAUUCCUAAAAAUGAAAUUUUUUAGUUCACAUGCCACAAUGGCAAAACAAGUUAUUUUAUUACAAUUAUUGUAUUUUUUCCACUCAAUUGUUGCCUCACUCGAUGUUGGACAUAAUGUUACUUAUUUAAAAUCGCGCGAUAAACUAACAGAGGCCGAUCAACUAAUGCAUUUGGGAAACAAAUUAAAAUUAAACGAAAAAGAGACAAUUGUUAACAAUUUGUUAAUGAAAGCAAAGCACGGCGAGUUACAUCGUGGAUUAAUCCAUCCUGUAUCAUUUUUACCAUCAAGUAUUUUUUUAAAAGCAAAACCAUUUAUUGAAAAAUCCGAAGUGUUUCAAAUUAUUAAACGGAUGCCAAAAGGUGCUCUUUUACGCAGUCACAUUAUAGGAAUGGUUUCAACUGCAUUUUUAAUGGAUUUAACGUAUAUGGAUAACUUAUUUAUUUGUUUUACAAAUUAUUCCAAGGCAAUUCGGUUUAAAUUUGCAAUAAAUCCACCAAACUCAACUGUAGAAUGUGGUCAUUGGGAUUUAUUAAACGAUUUACGGUUGACAUGGGAUUAUAACGAUAUACUAUGGCUAAACGCAAAAAUCGAAUCAAGUUUUACAUUAAUUGUGAAUAAAUUGAAAAAUUUGGAUGUAAAUGCUGUGUGGAAAAAUUUCCAAUCAAUUUGUGCAACAUUAAAUGGAUUUUUAGGUUAUCGACCUCUUUUAGAGAAAUAUUUAUAUCAAGUGUUUGAGGAAUGUAUAAAUGAUAAAAUUUUACAUCUAGAAUUUUCUGGAACAUUACCAGAAACAUAUGAGCUAGAUGGUAAAUUGUAUAGUGAAUUAGAAAUUGUUGGAAUUUAUCAAACUGUAGCAAAACUAUUUCAAAGUAAAAAUCCCGAUUUCAGUGUAAAAUUUAUUUAUGCGCCUAAUCGUUUCGUGAAUGGAUCAACUUUUGAUCAAUAUUUGAAGACAGUUAAAAGUUUACAUAAAUAUAACCCAGAUUUUAUGUCUGGUUUUGAUUUAGUUGGUCAGGAAGAUCUUGGUGUGGAUCUCCUAGAAUUUGCUGAUAAAUUAUCACAAUUAAAAUACGUUAAUUUUUACUUUCAAGCUGGAGAAACCAACUGGAAUGGUAUGACAGAUUUAAAUUUAUUCGAUGCUGUUCUGUUGGGAGCAAAGCGUAUUGGUCACGGUUAUGGAAUAACAAAACAUCCAAUUUUAAUGGAUUUCAUACAAAAAAAUAAAAUUGCAAUUGAAGUGAAUCCAAUUUCAAAUCAAAUUUUUAAUUUAGUUAAAGAUUUGAGAAAUCAUCCAGCUGUUGAAUUGUUUGCCAGAGAUUAUCCAGUUGUUAUUACAAAUGAUGUUCCAAAUUUAUGGGGUGCAAAUGGAUUAAGUUAUGAUUUCUAUGAAGCAUUUAUGGCAUUCACAAGUUAUAGUGAUGAUAUUCGUGUUUUAAAACAAUUAGGUAUUAAUUCGAUUUUGUAUAGCGCUAUGAGUAAGAGUCAAAAAUCUCGAGCAAUGGAUCUAUUUAAUAAACAAUGGUACUUAUUUAUUGAUGAAAUGAUUAACAGUUAUAUUAAAUAG